UCCCACCCCUCCCCUUCCCCUUCUCCUUCUCCCCUCCACUGUGGCCGAAGGACGGGUGAGGAAGCCGGACUAUGUGGACGGCUCGCGUGACUCAAGAGGAGCUCUUGUCUUUGCUUCGUGCUGUGGCGAGACAGACCAUAGAGAACUCCACGUGGAGCCCCAGUGGGGCUCCUCCUUUUCUUCCCACGAACUGAUGACCAGACUAUGCUUCUUAUUGGGAGAAGCAACAUCCGGCAUAGCUAGUUCUCCUAUGGAGGACAGGAAAGAAAAGAAGGGCCCUACUCCCACUCAGGGAGGGAGCCCCAGUUCCACAUUGACUUGCAGCACUGCCUCUCUUUGUUCUGAGAGCCCCUCUUCCACCUUAAGCGGCAGUAAUGUGUGCCAUCCUUUGCCCUUGCCCUCACCACACGGUGGUGGCUCCUGCCUCAGCACUAGCGGGGCGCUCUCCAGUCCCGUUCGCAGCCCCACCCAAUGCUCUCCCGCUGUACUCGUUGCUGGCAGCAGCCUCGGCCCACCAUCUCAAAGCCCCUCCUCCACCCUGGAGAGCAAGGACAGUGGAAUUAUAGCGACCAUCACGAGUUCGUCUGAGAAUGAGGAGCGAAGUGUCUCGAGUUCGGAUCUGACUACGGACGAACCCCCAGGGGGCAGUGUUAUCGUCAUGGGCCACACAGGCGAAGACAAUCAUCUUGGGCCCCAACGGAGUAAUCCCACCAUCCAAUUUGAGGAGUUAUCAGUGAGAGCCGAUAUCAAGGAGCCCAGAACACCCCCGCCACCCAAGAGACCCCUCCCACAGCACCACAUACACAACACUUCCUCCUCGGUCAUGCCCCGUCCAAAUUCUGUAGCAGCAACGUGUUCCACUAGAUUGGAAGAUCUGAGUUAUCUGGACAACCAACAGGUUGGCGGGCACAAGGGCUCCAUCCGCAAGUUAAACACACCUGGACGCACAAAUGAAGACUCCAAAGGGAGAUUGAGCCAUUUCAAACAAGCCGACAUCACGCUGAAGCCGCUGCUGUUCGAAGUUCCCGGCACCAGUGCGGAAACAUCUUUUGUUGGUCGGGAUUGGCUUUUCACGCGACUGGAUGAGGUCUUGAGGAAAACCAUUAACUGCGAGGGAAGAGGGGCCGUCAUCGUGGGAAACGCAGGCUCAGGCAAAACGGCCAUCAUGUGGCGGUUGGUGGCGCUCAGCUGUCACGGCUUGCGCACGCAACACGGAGGGCCCAGCAUCCCUCACAGUCCGAGCUCUUCUCCCAAAUGUGGGGAAAGGCAGCGAAAAGCCACCUCCAAACAAGGCGCUGAUGAUUCCCAGAUCAACCAGAGUGCUGUUACAGGAGCGGCUGGUGGCACAGCACAGAGGAAAGAGCUUGCCAGAUGUCUCGCCAACAAGGUGGUCGCUUACCAUUUCUGCCAGGCUGACAACACAUACACCUGCCUGGUCCCAGAAUUCGUUCACAGUCUUGCCGCCUUGUUGGCUAGAUCCCCACAGCUCACUCCAUACAGGGAGCUGCUGAUCCAGGAACCUCAUCUCCAGAAUAUGCUCAGCCUGCGCUCCUGUGUGCAAGACCCCAUUGCUGCCUUUCGAAAGGGGGUCCUCGAGCCCAUGACCAGCUUGCGCAAGGAGCGAAAGCUGCCUGAAGAAGACUACAUCAUCUUGGUUGACAGCCUCAAUGAGGCUGAAUUUCAUAAACCGGACUACGGGGACACCAUAGCCACCUUCAUCACCAAGAUCGUCUCUAAAUUCCCCGUCUGGCUCAAGCUUGUGGUCACAGUGAGGACGGGCCUGUUGGAAAUAACCACCCUGCUGCCGUUCUCUGGCAUCUCACUAGACAUUCUGCCCGACAGCAGCGAUCUGGGAGCUGACCUGAGCGACUACAUUCAUCACCGGGUGAACGGGAGUGCCCAGAUCGCCGCAAACGUCACCACGGCCACAGGCUCGGUGCCUGAUCUUCUGCUCCUCAGCAAGUUCAGCAGUCACUUGACCACGCGCAGCAAUGGCUCCAUCCUCUACCUCCAGCUGACCCUGGAUCUGUUCCACAAGGGGCAUCUGGCAUUGAAAGGGGGAAACUACCUGGUUGUGCCAGUGUCGCUAUCAGAGGUGUACCUGCUGAUGUGCCGCGUGAACUUCCCAGACAAAGACGACUUUGAACGAGUGCUUCCAGUGCUAAAUGUGGCACUGGCGUCGCUGCACCCGCUGACGGAUGAACAAAUGUUCCGAGCGCUCAAUGCAGGCAGCGUGAGGGGGGAGCUGGAGUGGAAGGACUUUCAGCAGAGAUUAGAGAGCCUGGCUGAAUUCAUGGUGAAACGCAGAGAUGGCACACGCAUGCUGUGCCAUCCCUCCUUCAGAGAGUGGCUCGUUUGGAGAGCAGAUGGAGAAAGCGCUGACUUCCUCUGUGACCCAAGGAGCGGCCAUGCUCUCCUGGCGUUCAUGUUCUCCAGACAGGAGGGCAAGUUGAACCGUCAGCAGACCAUGGAACUGGGACACCACAUCCUCAAGGCUCACAUUUUCAAGGGUCUGAGUAAGAAAACCGGGGUGUCCUCCACUGUCCUGCAGGCCAUGUGGGUAAACUGCAGCACAGACAGCCUGUCUGCUGCGCUCGCCUCCCUUAGGAAUCUGUACACACCUAAUAUCAAGGUCAGCCGUCUGCUGAUGCUUGGUGGCGCUAAUGUGAACUGGUAUACUGAGGUAGUGGGACACGCCCCCAUCCUGGCCGUCCAUUCCCACCUGGGACAUGUAGAGAUGGUGGGCUUGUUGAUGGAAAUGGGGGCAACCGUAGAUAUGAGCACGGACAGCGGCAUGACGCCUCUGUGCCUGGCGGCAGCCGCGGGACACGUGGCUGUUGUCAGCCUGCUCUGCAAGAGAGCGGCCAAGGUGGCCCAGGCUGAUAAGAAUGGCCAGUGUGCACUGCUCCACGCCGCACUAAAGGGCCACAUGGAGAUCGUCAGCGUCUUGCUGGGACAGGAUUGGGGUCCUGAAAAUGCCACCGAUCCACAGCAGCAGCAGCAGACUAGCACUGGGAAAAAGCAGGCCGUGCAGCAGGCGGUCACAGCCGCAGCCAGCGUGGGACACACACAGGUGGUAAAGUGCCUGCUGGACUUGGAAGAUGAACAGCUGGCAGUGCAGAUGGACGCUCACGAUUCUCUCUGGGGAGAAACGGUCCUGAGUGCAGCAGCAGGCAGGGGGAGGAUGGAAGUGUGCAAGCUCCUUUUGGAUCGAGGGGCUGGGCUGGAGGUGCCAAAUCGCAGAGGGAUGGUUCCCCUCCUAAGCGCGGCCAAACACGGACACACACAGGUGGCAGAGUUGCUGUUGAAACACAACUCGGACAUGAGCGUGUGUGACAAGCAGGGCCGCACACCGCUCAUAUUGGCUGCCUCGGAGGGCCACGGCAGCACUGUGGAGAUGUUGCUGUCUAAGGGCUCCUCGGUGUCUGCUGCGGAUCAGGAAGGUCUGACUGCAAUGGGCUGGGCUUGCAUGAGGGGCCACAAAGGUGUGCUGCAGCCUCUGGUGGAUGCCGGUGCAGACCUGAACCAAGCAGACAGACAGGGACGCACUCCUCUCGACCUCGCCGCCCUUAACGGAGAUGCUGAUAUGGUACACGUUUUGCUAGAUCACGGUGCAGUGCUAGAGAGGACGGACAGCAGUGGAAGUAGGGCUGCGGACCGGACUCCUGGCUGCCAGAAUCCGGCUCUGGUGGCCUCGCUACUCAAGAAAGGCUCCAAAACUACACAAGGCUACAGAACGGCACCGCAUGAUCGAUCAGGUCAUGCCACAUGGGCCAUGGCUUCCUCCAAACCAGAUAUCCUUCUCAUCCUGCUGCAGAAGCUCAUGGAGGAAGGAAACUUGCUUUACAAGAAGGGACGUAUGAAGGAGGCCGGCCAGCGUUACCAGUACGCUCUGAGAAAAUUGCCUCGGGAAGGCCAAGGGGAAGAGUUAAAAGGGCUCAAAGACCUGCGGGUGUCUCUCUAUCUCAACCUAUCCCGCUGCCGAAGGAAAACCAAUGACUUUGGCAUCGCUGAGGACUUUGCAACUAAAGCUCUGGAACUGAAGCCCAGGUCCUAUGAGGCCUAUUAUGCCAGAGCACGUGCCAAGAGGAGUAGCAGGCAAUUUUCCGAGGCACUGGCAGACCUCCAUGAAGCCGCACGACUCUGCCCAACCAACCGGGAGAUCCGUCGCCUGCUGCUACGGGUGGAGGAGGAGUGCGCGCAUCAUCAGAGGAUAUCCAGUGGCAGCAACACGUCACAGAGCUGGGACCCUCACAGUCACCACUGUCACACCCCUGAGGACGAGGCAGACGUGUGUUCACAGGGAAGUCUUGAAAGGCCAAUCCCAGAAGAGCACUCUGAUCCACAGCAAGAAGAGGAAGAGGAAGAAGGGGAGGAGCUGAGCCUGCAAUGUGGAAAAGGCUCAGAAUGUUGGCCUCUGAAUCCGUACGGUCCAAACAGAACUCUCCCUGGUGGUGUGGCCUUUGGGUUAGCUGAUCAGAUGGUGUGUUUUCCUCAAGAGGAGUACAUUCAGAAUCCGCUCUUUACGGAUCUGCCUGACCCGCUUCUCGCUGUCCACAAGCAAAGUCAAAACCAGAGCGGGAGGACUCAUCACCACUGCCACUCCCUGCAAUCAGGGGCCAGAGUGGGUGGCAGACCUCUAUCUCUCUGUGGACCCUCCAGUCCUUUGCCAGGGAGACACAUCUCCACCUCUCUGAGGCCUGUUCCUGCACUGGCCCUCGAAACGGAACAUUCCGGGCUCAGCCCCACUGAACACUACCAUCCCAUGUCCCCGAGCAGUUCCUCCCCGCCGGGUCCUCUUCAAAUGUACCAGCCCCGCUCGUCCAGCUUCUCCAGGGGUUCCGACAGACUCUCUGCACACUCAGUGGCUCUGGAUAGCCUGGCACUUGCCCUGGGCUCGGUUGUGGAAGUCAGGAGGGAGGCUGGUGGAGCAGGAACAACAGGGUCCAGGGGUUCGAGCUCCAGUCAGGCCUCCAGUGGGAACCAGUCAGACAACGGCAAGCAGCAGAUGCUAGACCCCCCUUGUCCCCUAAAGAGCAGCGGCAGCUUCAAGUCUAAAGGCGAGAUGAAGCCACGACCCUUCAUGGGGGUUAUGGACAAAGCGGUGCGAGUCCAGAGCCAGCAGACCUCCAGUUUUGGCCGACAGGGGCAAGGAGGAGGGGGCGCGGAAAGUUUCAACAUGUCAGUCAUGGAGUUCCAGGGCUUGAACAAUGAGUACAAGCGCUCUUCCUUCCAGGAACCGCUCUCUGGAAGUCACGCCAGCUGCCAGCAGAGUCGGGACCAGGGAGAGCGACUCCACCAACGAGAGGCAAGAGCCGCCAUGUCGUCCCACCUACGUUUUCCCGAGGGGAGGAACAGGCAAGCGAGUCUGACCAGAGACAACCCAACGCUGCAUAUGGCGCCCAUGAAGCCCAAACGCUCCUUUAUCGAGUCCAACGUCUGAAUAAUUGAUCAAAGCCCAAAAGAACACAAAGUCCCAUACAAGGUAGCUACAAUGCAAGCCUGUGUGAUGACUUCUGCUGCAGCGUCGCAUUUACAAUCGAGAAUCAACCAGUGAUCUGCUUCUGCUUACAUGUUUACAGCUAGUGCAUAGUGUGUUAAAGAAAACCACACAUACCUUAAGUAGGGUUUUUAAAGAACUAGCACAUUAUCUGAACAGUAGUCCUGAUAGACCAACUGGGAUAUUUAUAGAUAGUAGGCGCCAAGAUACUUCCGGGUGGCAGAAUCCAACUGAAUGAAUCGAUGACAAAAACCCAUUGAGCUUGGCGUUGCGCUGACAGCUUUAGCCGAGGAGUUUUGGAUUUUUUGGGGAAAAAAAUUGCAAUCCAACUAAAUUUGUGGAUGAGCAGAAUUUGGCAAACGGAUGUCAUAAACGGCCUUUAGUCUCUGUAAUCUAAAACCAUUUUUAAGAAAUGAGCGAUGUACGACUACUGAAAUGCAAAAUUUGAAAAAAGGUGGAGUAAUUCUUUUUUUUUUGUCUUUGACAGCAAAUUUCAAUUGGGAGUGGCAAUGAAUACCUUCAAGACACAUUACUGAAUUCAUAAUUUUAUCAGCCAAACUGCUUUUUGUAAUAAAUUUCAGGUACUGCUUCCAUUCAGUACUCGAAUCUUUAGGCUGCGCUCAGAAAGCAAAGCAAAAAUAAUCAAGCAACAACUCUGCCUCAUAUUUUGAAAAACUUGUAAGUUGAAUCAAUAGUAUUGCAUCAUACCACUGUAAAUGAUUUGAAUGGUUUUCUUUUUGUGGGCUGGUACGGGAAGUCUUACUUUUAUGGGAGAUCAAACACCCAUUGAAAUACAUUUGAACUGUUUAUUAAGAAAGAAACAUGGUUAAAACUCAGAGAAAGUUAGAGUGAUCAAUGAGAAUCUGCAUAAUUAACUAACGUUGGUCAUGGUAGCAGCUGUCUUAACCAGGGUUUCUUAACCAGGGGUACGUGCAGUAUGGAAAGGAACAUUUUACUCGAAUUCGAGACCUUUAUCUAUGAAACUACAAUGGGUAAAAGGACUGUGGAUUCCUUCAACAGCCAUUUCAGUACAACCAGGUGAAAAAGGAGAUUGUAAAAGAAAUGUUAAAAAAUACAUCAUUUUCCUCUACCACUACAGAUAGUACUGUGUGUGGUGUUGUUAAUAUUUAUUGAAUGUUGUUGUUGCAAAAAGAAUUAACAGCCCAAGUCUUUUCUUUUAUUUAUCGGUUCAAAAUAUUUAAUUGCUCUACAUUUCAGUGUAAAAGUUACAUUUACUUGAGAAUUUAAAUAUAAUUACCAUUAGAAGGGAUGUUCUUUCAUUAUUUUUGCUCUAACAUCAUCAGUAUAUCAGAUGCAUUUAAAAAAACAACAACAACCAAAAGUAUUGUUUAUCCUGAUAGUUUUGGGUAAAUAUAUCAUCCACAAAAAAAUUGUUAUUGUGAAAGGCUUACCAAUGAAAUAUUUGAUAGUCGGCUUCAGCUCGGUGCAGUGUAACUGAUAAAUUGCAUUUUCAUUCAUUUAAAUGAGACUAGAUGAUACGAGUGUGAUCACGGAAUAAAUUGAAGUCGUAUCUCAACAUUCCUCUGUACGUUGGUUUUUCAAGAGAAAGUUUCAUUCGCCACCCGGAAGUACAUGUGUGAUGUCAUGAUGAAUUGUCCUUUAUCAAACAUUCAAGUCUGAGAACGUCUUGUGCAUGAAUCAUAAUAAUAAACCCCAUGCUAGGAUAAGACCAUUCUGAUUGUGUCUUUUAAAAAAAACAUUUAUAUUUGUAUCAUAUACACUAUAUUUGAAGAUGAUAUAUUUACUUGUAAAUGGCUUUGUCAACAUUACAGCUUUCUAACGACAUCAGAUUCUUUUUCAUAAACACAUAACACAUGACAACGUUAGAACAUCCUUGUCAAUGUUGGUUGCUUCAAUAUUUACAGUAUAUGGCUUUUAUUUUUGCAUAGCAGAUGACUUAUGAAGUGUUUACUGGUUUUAUUGAACACAAGCAGUCAAGAAUUAAAAAUACACAAUAGGCAUUACAAUUAUGUCUAUAGUUGUCAUAUACACUUUUCAUGCUAUGAAUACAAAAUGUGGCCACAAUUAAUGUGGUACAAUAAAAGAACAAAGAUGACUGUAGUUCAUUAUUUAUGCUUUACAGGGUGUAUUUGGAUUAAGAGAAAAUAAACAUUGAAAUGUAUAGAUAUGAAAUAAAAGAAUGUCCAUUUAUGAAUGCUGGGUGUGUAAAUUGUCCUCAUGCAAUGUGUAAGGAGAACAAAUAAUGGCUACAUUAAUAAAAUACAAAAUAUUUUAAAA